AUCGGUCGUAUUGAACAUGGCUUUGAUGUCAGACCUGAUCUCUGUGCUGUUGAGAAUCCAGUAAAUCCAAGGUCAGUUCACUCCUACAUCGUAACUUUCCAUCCUUUGUUAAUCAAUAACUUAUGGCUGGACUUCUGCAAUCACCAAGUGAUUGCAAGACAUGGGAAUAGUCAGACAUAAUAUUUAUUCUUUGUUGUCUCCGUUCAUGUUUUAGUUAAUUUAUUGUCGUAGUGAAUAUAAAACCUUUAUUGUAACUCGACCAAUAUGCAAUCAUGCCUCCCUUUGGAGAGUAAGGUGCAAAAAAAGCUAUACCACACUAUAAUAUACUACACUACACUAAACUACACUAAUUCUGCUUAGGAACAUCAAGAACAUCAUUCUUUUCGUUUUGUUCUAUUUAAUAAUCGCCCAGCCUCCAAAAAGCGCCUCCUCUCAAGGUCCAAAAAUAUAAUAAGGGGUGCUUAAUCGAGUCAAUACGGUAUGUGCUCAAAUCCUUGUUUGUCUUCUUUCGACUUCUUUUCUGUCUUCACCAUUCUUUCGUCACUAUCUUUGACCAUCUGUAAGGUGGAUACCUCUUUUUAAGAAGGACACAUCUCUACCAUUCUUCAGCCAUUUUCUCUGACUCUUGGGUGGUUAUCCCUCAAAAAGGACACCUAGAGUUGGUCCCUUUUGUUCCUCAGUCACUGUCUAUAAGAUGGCUAUUUCUUUAAGCAGGACUCGUGGAGCUGUUCAGCCAUUUUUCGUGGCUCUCUGUUAUCGGUCGUUUCGUUACAAGUUUAUUCAGUCAAGUUGUAAAUAGUUUAACGUACUUGGCUUAAAAAAAAAUGAAGAAUAUUCACCCAGUCUGUUUUUCUUGUUCUCGCGCAAACUAUUUAAAGUGAUCAAAAUUUGUGUGCAGUUUCACUGCUUAAGUUCGUAUGGAAACGACCGGUUACCCGCUCUUGAAGGUAUAAACGCCUAUCUAAGACGGUGACCGGUCAUUUCGCCUACGACUCGUUUCGCUAACGUCCCUAUCGUUAACGUCUUCAGUCGUUUCGCUUAAGGAAGUAAACGAGCACUUCUCAUUCAUAUACCUCGUUCUUUCAGCCAGUACACACAUGUACAGGUUGUUCCGUAGCCACUGAUCAGGCGAGAGCAGUUAGGGAACUGACCUAACAAGUUUGCAAAACGACCUUAACGAAGAGGACGUUAUCGAAACGACUCAUGACGCCGAACUUUUUAAGAGCCGAACCUAAUACACCCGGGGGGCGGGGGCGGUACUGCAAUAUAUGGGCUAUAUAGGUAUGUGCCGCUGUGAAGGGUAUGGUUUUCAAGCAGUUUACUUUAGCAUAGGGUAUAUAAAUCAGAGCGUUUGGGUCUAGAAUAGGGUAUCAUUUUUCAGGAAACUGAUCAGCUGGUUGAAGAUUUUAUCUAGACUAGGGAAACAGCUACUCUAGGAUAGGGGGGAUUUGGGGAGUUUACUCUAGUAUAGGGUAGCAAAAUUCAGCUGAACUAGCUCUGGUAUAGGUUAAGGGUUUCAGGGUCCCAGCGGCACAUCCCCACCUAGAAAUUCCUCAAGUACCCCCCCGGGCUAAUACAUUGAAUAAAGUACAUGAAAGUUUGGCGUCAUGAAAGAAUUAGGAACGCCUGUUUCAAUUUGGAACGGCUCAGCCGUUCUUUUCGCCUACCCCGGCCGGGAAUUUCGCCUUUGGUCGCGACUUUGGAACGGCUUUGAUUCAGACGCAUAAAUUAUUAUAACGUAUUUUUUAAGCAGUUUGACUGAAAUGAGUACUUCUAGCCUCUGAAUCAAAUGAGCUGGUCUAAAUAAUUUGGGUCGACCUUAAUUCGCGUUAGGUUCGGCUCAUGAAAAGUUCGGCGUCUGAACCGGGCCUAAGACCGCCCCUUUUGUCGCAUCCAACAGUCUCUGUGCGUGUUUGCUGUGUACUGUAGCAGUGUUUAAUUGAUUUUGUUAGAUGUAUUCUUUAUAAUCUCACAAUACUUUCUAGACUACAAACAGAACCUUAAAAUAAUGAAUCAUUCGUUAUAAUAUUGAAUGUUGCAGAAAGUACAUUGGUCAAAUUUACACAGAUAGUCUUGUCCAUGAUGAAAAAGCUCUUAAAUUACUGGUUGACACUAUUGGUCAGGUAAAGAGUUCAGUGACUUGUUGGUUAUGAUCUAUUUCAGAAACAAACAGUGAAUUUUAUGCGAGCAAAAAUUAACAAGACCUGUCCUUAAAAUGGGUUAUGUCACGCUAUUGCUAUCGUUUCAGUUUGUCGUUUGUCUUUGCAUCAAUUGAAUUCUAAAAAUAACGGUCCACGUUUGUUUUUUCAGACUAUAUUCUGUUUCCCUGUCGACUGUUUCUACGAACGGCAAGGAUGUAUGUGGAUUGAAACUUAGUUUUGAUGCCAUGCCAGCAAAAAUCACUAGAAAAGUAUUCUCGUUAGUGCUCCCUGAUGAAAUUUGUUUGAUUUAUAUUUUCUUCAUCACUCUAAAGGAGCAUUUUGUGUAUGAGCAAAAGCAUUAAGUAAUAAGGUCAGCUCAGAAUUGACCUAAAAUGGCUUAGCCCCCUUAAUAAACAGACAAAAUGUGUCAUAUCAUGGGAUGUAGAAUGACUUAACCCUAUAAGUCAUAAGAGUGACCAACAUGAACUUUCUCCUAACAAUAUCAGCACUAUCAAGGGAAAUGGUUAUGACAGUUGAUAAAAUGAUCAGUUUGGAGAAUUUGUAUGUAGAUAUUGGGGCUUAAAGGUUAAUUCUCAUCGUAACAAAGAUGCGACUUGCUAUUUAAGACAGUUAUGGCUUAUUUGCUUGUAUAUGUAUAACUGCUACAGUUCGCGUUUCGUUUUUACCGUUAUUUAAUGGCACUAUAACUGAUAUAUCUAAUCCAUUUAUCAAUUAAGAGUCUUUUAAAAUGUACGGAAACUGGAUAAGCAGCAGUAACAAUUUUGUUUCGAAUCAUCGAAUCUUUCGUUGUGAAAACGUCGUGAAACAAACGAUGUGCUUAAUUACCUGUAACGCUGUGGUGAGAAUUUCUCAUCGUAUGGUAAAUUUUUCAGACUUCCUACAUCUCAAUUUCCACCCCGACAGUGAUUUAGUUUUUCUUUUGCGUAGGUUCAGUUUACUGACAAGCUGAAGUUUUAGUAAGCCAUGAUAAGAUUGUGAUUUGUUGUGUUGAUCAAGUAACGAGCCUGAGUCCCCAUUAAAGUUGUGUCUUCAACAAUUUUCGUUUGUGUGCGAAGCGCACUUGUCCAUGGACAGACAUAACACUGAGACAAAUAAAUAAAUAAACCUUCAAGUUCCCAAUUUUCUCAUUGCAGCAAGCGUGAGCUCAAUAUCUUGCAAGUGUAUUUUGUUUUUUUGCAGGAGAAUGUUAUUUUAGGCAGUGACUACCCGUUUUCUCUCGGAGAACAUCAUCCAGGAAAACUCAUCGAGGAUGUGUACAAAGACGACCUGGAACUUAGGGUAAAAGAACAAUCACAUUCAGUUUCACGGUUUUUUUUUUUUUUUUUUUUUUGCCAUUGGUAAAACGCCGUCGUCGUCGUUGCUUUAACUCCUUAUUGUUGUGAUCCAGAAAUUUUGCUACCAUGGUAACAUGACGUCACAUUUCUCCUCUCUUUUAACAUUGGUAUCGCUUGAUUACAGUGGAACCUCGAUUACGGUUUGGUUAUAUCGAGGUUCUUUUCCAUACAUUAUACUGUAACUGGGGCAGAAAAUAUCGUUUGUUAUACCGAGGACUUCGUUAUAUCGGGGUUCCCCUGUACGAAAGAGAAAUAUGCCUCACCCCUCUCCCCAGGUUUUGACUUUUGUCCCAAUUCGCUCAUUCCCAUCCCUUUGAAUCCUGCAUAAUCUCCACCCCCACCCCCUCCCGCCCCCGCCAAUUCUCUCUACAAGAGGUUUAGUCCUACCCUGCUUUAGUAGGUUCUACAUGUACUUGGCAAUUCAACAGUUAUUCAACAAUUAUUAGUGGAGUUAAUUCCCUGUUAUUUUGGAAAAUAGGUUGUGUAACUGCUAGCGGAGUGCAUUUGCCCAUCAUCAAAUCUCCCGUUCAUCAUUCGAUUGGCAGUCCCCUAUUUUUCCGUAAGAUCGUCGGGCGUUACGGGCGGCCAUCUUGGAUAGGUAAAGCCCGACUCCCGCUCCUUUGGUUAAAAACCAAGAUAACCGUCCGUUCCAUUAAGCUAGCGCUCUAUCCUGUCGAUCUUACGAAGAAAUAGGGGACUUUGAAUAGUCUAACUUCAGAUAAAAACCUUUUAAUUAAAAAUUCAUCUCUUGUUGUAGGAUAAAUUGUUAGGCGGAAAUGCUCUAAGAUUUCUUGGAUUAAAAAGGUCGCAGUUUGAC